AUGCCGCGGAUUACUCAAGAGAUAUCGUACGAUUGUGAUUAUAGCGACAAUACUUUCAACCUUGCUAUUGAUAUAGGAGGCACCUUGGCCAAAGUGGUCUUCUCGCCAAUAAACAGUAACAGGCUGAUGUUCUAUACAAUUGAAACAGAGAGAAUCGAUAAGUUUAUGGAACUUCUGCAUUCCAUUAUUGCAGAACAUAAUAAUGGGUGCUACGAAAUGACUCAUAUAAUUGCCACUGGUGGUGGCGCCUUCAAGUUUUAUGAGUUGUUAUACAAGAACUUUCCUCAGGUAAAGGGCAUAUCGAGAUUUGAAGAGAUGGAAGGUUUAAUUCAGGGUUUAGAUUUCUUUAUUCACGAGAUUUCCGAUGAAGUUUUCACCUAUAACGACCAAGACGGUGAAAUGAUAAUACCCACCAGUUCCGGUACUAUGGACUCAAAAACCAUCUAUCCCUAUCUUCUAGUCAAUAUAGGGUCAGGUGUCUCUUUGUUAAAAGUCACUGAACCAAAUAAUUUCAGUAGAGUAGGCGGUUCUUCGCUAGGCGGAGGGACUCUUUGGGGCCUGCUAUCACUAAUCACCGGCGCUCAAACCUACGACCAGAUGCUCGAUUGGGCCCAAGAAGGCGACAACUCUAGCGUCGAUAUGCUAGUUGGGGAUAUUUAUGGAACAGACUAUAGCAAAAUUGGUUUGAAAUCCUCCGCUAUUGCCAGUUCAUUUGGCAAGGUUUUCCAGAAUAGAGUCACUUCUAACAAACCCUUGGCAAAUAAUGACGAUGACAUAUGCUGUUCGCAUGAAUCUAUUGAGAAAAAUAAUGGACAAAUGUUCAAAAACCCUGAUAUUUGUAAAAGCCUUUUAUUUGCCAUUUCGAACAAUAUCGGGCAAAUAGCUUAUUUGCAAGCUAAAAUCCACAAUAUACAGAAUAUAUAUUUUGGAGGAUCUUACACUAGAGGACAUUUAACUACUAUGAACACUUUGAGUUAUGCUAUUAAUUUUUGGUCUCAAGGAUCAAAGCAAGCGUUCUUUCUCAAACACGAAGGCUACUUGGGUGCAAUGGGUGCCUUUUUAAGCGCAUCUCGUCAUUAA